AUGAGCCCCUCAGCAGUCGAUGCCCCCGCGACCGCGGACGUCAAGACGACCUUCAAGCCCAACAUUGGUGUCUACACAAACCCCAACCAUGACCUCUGGGUGAAUGCCGCUGAGCCUAGCGCCGAGAGCGUCAAGUCCGGCGCCGACCUGAAGCAGGGCGAGGUCAGUGUUGCUAUCCGAAGCACUGGUAUCUGCGGCUCCGAUGUUCACUUCUGGCAUGCUGGUUGCAUUGGCCCUAUGAUCGUCGAGGGUGACCACAUCCUUGGCCACGAGUCUGCCGGCGAGGUUGUCGCUGUGCACCCCUCCGUCACCCAUCUCAAGGUGGGCGACAGGGUCGCCGUCGAGCCCAACAUCCCCUGCGGUACCUGCGAGCCUUGCCUCACUGGCCGAUACAAUGGUUGCGAGACUGUUCAGUUCCUCUCCACCCCUCCCGUCCCCGGCAUGCUUCGCCGAUACAUCAACCACCCUGCCGUCUGGUGCCACAAGAUUGGAAACAUGUCGUAUGAGAACGGUGCCAUGCUCGAGCCCCUCAGCGUUGCGCUGGCUGGCAUGCAGAGAGCCCAGGUUUCCUUGGGAGACCCCGUCCUGAUCUGCGGUGCUGGUCCCAUCGGCUUGAUCACUCUGCUCUGCUCCGCCGCUGCUGGUGCCUCCCCCAUCGUCAUCACUGAUAUCUCUGAGAGCCGAUUGGCGUUUGCCAAGGAGCUCUGCCCUCGAGUCAUCACCCACAAGGUCGAGAGACUGUCUGCUGAGGAUUCCGCAAAGGCCAUUGUCAACUCGUUUGGCGGCGUUGAGCCCACCAUUGCCCUCGAGUGCACUGGUGUUGAGAGCAGCAUUGCGGCUGCUAUCUGGUCGGUCAAGUUCGGCGGCAAGGUCUUCAUCAUUGGUGUUGGAAAGAACGAGAUCAACAUCCCCUUCAUGCGCGCCAGUGUGCGUGAGGUUGAUAUUCAGCUGCAGUAUCGAUACUGCAACACCUGGCCUCGGGCCAUUCGUUUGGUUGAGAGUGGUGUAAUUGACCUGUCCAAGCUGGUCACCCACCGUUUCAAGCUGGAGGAUGCGCUCAAGGCCUUUGAGACCUCGGCCGAUCCCAAGAGCGGGUCGAUCAAGGUCAUGAUCCAGAGCUUGGAUUAA